UAGUUUUAAUACGAUAACUUCAUCAUCAACUUACUGCUGUCAACAGAGAAUAAAAAUGCAUAAUUUAUAUGCAUAUCGUUCACAUUUGCGGUAACGGCUCGUUUUCGUUAAAACACAAUAGUGCAAUCAUGCUACCUGGGAAAUUGGAAAUGUCUCGGGAUGAGUGCAGAAAGUAUUUACGAAGUCUAGAAUUGGACGCCUACGCAAGCAUGGUGUCCGUUUUACGUGCCCAGGGUCCAUUUACGAACGACAAACGAAAGCUAUUAGAAGAAUUAGCUGGAGUUCUGCACAUAUCUAAUGAAAGGCAUCGUGCUGAAAUUCGGCGGGCUGUAAAUGACGAUAAACUGACCACUGUAGCUGAACAAUUAAGUGGACCGAAUACUGGGACUGACUGGGCAACCGAAGGACGUCGAAUAGUUCCUCUCCUCCCGCGGUUAAAGGGUCGCACUGCUUUUACGGCACUUGCUAACACUUUAUCGCUCGUCACUGCUAUCGCAAAUAAACAGCAGCCUCGUGUUGAAGAAAGGGCAGAGGAUUCGAGACUGAAAAUGGAAACGGAUUCAGACAUUCAGCAAAUUUGUUCUUCAGAGGAAGAAAGCAGUGGAUCUUCGUCGCGAGAGCCCGAGAUAAAUUUUAACGAUAGAAAGAGAAAAAGAUCCCUAACGGAGUCUUCGGACACGGAAGGAAGCACGUGUUCAAAGUCGAGGGUAAAAGAAAAAUCGGAAUUUCCGGUGGUAGCUAAUUCGAGUAAAGAGGAACUGAAAUUCCCGUCAUUCCCUUCCUGUAGUAAGGUUGAGCCAAUAUCGCCGAGCUCGCUAAGGCACAAUAUUUGUAAUAACACUUCAAUGGAAAAUAUCAUUCGUAUACCUAGCUCAACUAAUAUAGUUACAACUAAUAUUACUGUCAUUUCCUCAGGAAUGAGUAAUAUAGGUACUAAUUCAACAGAUCCCUGUAAAAAUGCAAGUAAUAUUACAACCGCUCAAACAAAUCAGUAUAUUAGUGAAUCGAUCCCUACUGUAAAAAGUAAAGUUAAUGUCUCAUCUUCGCCAGUGAAAGCUGCAGUAGUAAGUCAAAAACGAAUUUCUGUAACUAUGCCUUCUAGUUCUACGCAUCCUACAACCAGUGACAAACAAUCAGAAUUAAAAACUGCACAAAUGAACAGUGAUGAAGGUUCAAAAGUAGUCCCCGUGACGAACCACGUUCCUAAAAUUGAUAUUUCUAGAUCUGAGGACGCAAGUACAAGUAAACCCUGCGUGAAAAAAAUCGAGGCAGUAGUGCAGACUUGUGCCAAUACAAAUCCGACGGAGAAACCAGCGAUAUCCAAUAUCGCUACUCGGCUGACGAGUGAGUGUCCUGAAAGUACCACCUCCAGUGGUCCAGGACCACCUUCCGUAAAAUCCUCUUCGCCGAAUUUAACAUGUAAAACACUGCCACCCGUAAAACCUAACAAUCAUCCUCCUGUAAAAAUGACCUCUUUGAUUUCGAAAGCCACAACCUUAAACUCGCAACCUAAUGCGAGAUUCGGGAGUAAAAGAAAUUUUAUUGUUCUUCAAAAAGGCAUGAAGGAGGUGAAACUUUCUCACGGGGGAAAGGAGGUGAUAGGGAAAGUGAUUGGUAACAACUUUCGCUUUGCGAAUCAACCCAAUCAAAGUUCUGUGACACCUGUUCCCCGACUACCUCCCAAUAAUGGGGAUCAUAGUGAUCCUGAUUGUUUAAAACCGAACAAGUCUGGAAAUAUGAUCCUUUUGGAUAUUCGGCCAGAGGUUAUUGAAAAGAGUAAGGUCUUUUCUCAGAGUUUCGAAACUUUCGAUACAGAAGCGAAAACCGCCACAGGGAAUCCGACUCUCAAUUUUACAAUAAAGGAUCAGAGAAAUAACGGACCGAGUAUAAUCGAAAAAGAUUCCCAGUUAAAUGAUAGUUCAGCCAGCCGUGUUUCAAAUGAAAACGAAGAAAGUGGUUUUAGUUUCGUUUACGAAGAUACGGACAUUACGAAAGCUUUAGAAAAGGCAGUUGAAAAAGAACCGCUUUUCAUUUGCAAUGAUGAAGGAACCUUAGACCCGCAAACAGGAAUUUAUGAAAUACAGUCUUCAGGUCUUUUUAAAUCAACCCUAACAUCUGAGAAUAUUAAUUUGGAAAGUUCAGAGUGCAUGGAAGGUGAAAAUAGAAGAUGCGUUUCAGAAGAAGCCAGAAAUUCGAUAGAGAGUCUAGAAGAGUUUGAUGAAUUAGGAAGCUCUUAAAUCGACAAACUUGUUGAUGAAGAGGUUGAUUUGUCUUUUUAAAGCCGCAUUUUGAUUGUUCCUGUCCAAAAAAAUAGAUCAUCCUCGUAAGGAACAAUCAAAAUGUGAUUUUUUAGGCUGGAUCAAUUUUGUUGGUCUAUAAAAUGUUUUAAAAGUUUUCAGAAUUAUAUUUAAUAUUUAUACAAUUUU